AGCUUUCAGAGCGGACGCCUGCCGGUUCACGUGCUCAUGUCGCUGACUCAGCCAUGCCAGCCAGAUGGUGGCAUGCCACGAAACAUGACGGGCGUUGCCCAGCACCUGAAGCAGGCUGGCUACGCAGCUCACUUUGUCGGCAAGUGGGACGUCGGGAUGGCCACGCCAACACACACGCCCAAGGGAAGAGGAUAUGACACCUCCCUCAACUAUUUUGGCCACGGCAACUGGAUGUGGAAUGAGGAAGAGUGGCAAGGAUCAAAGGACCACGCACAGUACCGCCCACCAUGCAACCCUCCAGAUUGCUUCAAGGACUUUUGGGACACGGACAAGCCUGCGAGCGAUCUGAACGGCACCGCAUAUGAGGAGAUUAUUUUCCGCGAUCGCCUCAACGAAAUCCUGCACAGCCACAACCCAGACCAGCCCCUCUUCCUCACAUACGCAUCAAAGGUUGCGCACUAUCCGCUCCAAGCGCCUCUGGAUUACCAGAAGAAGUUUGACUUCAUCGAAACGCCAAACAGACGCGUGUAUCACGCCAUGGUUAACUUCCUUGACGACAACCUAGCGAACAUCACGGCGCUGCUCAAGGCAAAGGGCAUGUGGGAGAACACGCUAAUGGUGCUCACCAGCGACAACGGCGGAUAUGUCAACCCCCUCCACGGCGACUGUGACCUGAGUGAUCCGUCGCGCGGGUACAUGUGCUACAACGGCGAGGCCGGCGCCAACAACUACCCGCUCAGGGGCGGGAAAUAUUCGUUCUUCGAGGGCGGCAUCCGUGCGAACGCAUUUGUGUCGGGCGGAUUCGUGCCGAAACACCUGCGCGGAACGAUAAACGAUGGCAUUGUGCACAUUGCAGAUUGGUACGCGACGUUUGCGGCGCUGGCUGGCGUUGAUCCAACGGACCACAAGGCGGCCGCGUCCAACCUCCCGCCCAUCGAUUCGCUCAACAUGUGGCCGUUCCUGAGCGGCGCUGCUGGCUCAUCCCCACGCGACACCGUCCUCGUCUCCCGCGAGUGCCUCGUCCACAAGGAGUGGAAGCUGCUGACAAAGGAGCAGCACUAUGCCAACUGGGGCGGUCCGCAGUAUCCAAACGCAUCCACCGCUCACGACUCCAUCGCAAACUACAAGAUAAACUGCACUGGGGGCUGCCUGUUCAACUUGACGGCGGAUAUGGAGGAGCGACACGACGUGGCUGCCGCGUUUCCGUCCGUUCUCGACUUUCUCAUGGACCUCAAGAACAACCUCACAAAGACCAUCUUUCCCCGACACCCAGGGCGGGCUGAUCCUGCGUGUGCCGCCGCCGCCGAGCAUCGAUACGGCGGCUUCUAUGGACCGUGGCUUGAGCUCGAUGACUGACGCCAUGCACACACACACACGCACACGUUCAUGUUAUUUGUUUUCUAUUGUUCCGCUGCUCUGCUUGCCGCUGUGUACCCCUA